AUGCCCAGGCCUCCCUUCAGUGCGCCCGCCCGGCCGCCAGGCGCGCCGUCCCGCCGGCCGCCUCCUCUGCGCUCGGGCUCCACGGGACUCUGCCCCGGCGCGGAGCCCGAGCCUCGGCCCCCUGCGCUCCGCCCCCUCGGGACGGGACCUCCCAGAGCGCACUCCGAGACAGACACGACGCUGCACGCGCGCACACACACAGUCUCACACGCUCAUACACACACAAUGCCCCCGCGCAGUGCCCACUCCGACUGGCCGGCUCUAGGUUUCGCUGCGCUUGGCGCUAUCCCCUCCUUCCUCCUUCUGGAGGGAGGGUGGGUCACUUCCCCGAGGCGCCCGGACCGCAGCGAGGAAAGGGAAAGCCGCGAGGGUCCCGUGGUCAGCGGGCGCAGGGCUGGUCCCGGGCCACGGAGGGAGCCGCCGGCUCGGCGUCGCUGGGCAGGGCGCAAGUCCCGCCGAAGGGUGGGUCCGCGCUGGCCGCCGCCGCGGGAGAAGGAAAGCAGAGGACGGCAGAAGAACGAGGCGCUGAGCUGCUCGGCUGUGGGGACCAAGCCCACCGUCCCGUUCCCUAGCGCUGCUCCUGCGCCGCCUCCCCCACCCCAGGGCGGGCGGCAGGUUCUGGGCGGCCCGGCCCCCGGCCCCGAUCCCUCCCUCUCCCGGCCUCCCGGCUCCCUCUUCCUCUCUUUCCUCCUCCCCUUCCCACGUUCGGGCCGGCUCCGGUUUCUGCCCAGACUUUCUCUGAAACUCCGCCGGAGCGCUUCCAGCCAAAACAACAAGGGCCAGGGAGGAGGAGACGCGCGGAGGGAGGGAGCGAGGGAGGGAGGGCGCGGGAGUCACAGAGGCACCCUGGGAUCUGUAGUUCGGGACGCUGGAGAGGGGUCCUCGGCCCCCCGGCGGCCGGGCAUCCCGGAGCCCCCGGCGGGCUGGUCGCCGAGGAAGGCGGCGAGGCCUCGCCCAGGGUAA